ACGCUGCUUCAAAAACGGAACAUGACUGCACAUAUUUCUCCCUCUCUCUAUCUCUCAAAACAGACGUAAAAGUCACAAAAAUCUGUAUCUUACUUCUCAUCUACUCUUCUCUCUCUCAAGCACAAGUUAAACCUUGUGUAUGAUGGUAAUGGUGUUGGAUCCGUAGAAAUGAAUCGGAGUUUGAAGGAAUCUCUGAUCGGAGGGAGGUCGCAGCACCGGCGAGGUCUCAGUCUCAACGGAAUCUCCAAGGAUACGGACGAGAACUUGGAUCUCUUCUCUAGGAAUCGCCGGACUCUCUCCGUUGCUUCGUCCGACGAAUCCGACGUUUCAGUGAAAUUGGGGAGACUUUCAGUUGGAUCAGCCAAACCGUCGAGGAAUGGGAUAGAUGAUCUAUUGUCGUCAACUGAUGGAGGAAAGCACGACUACGAUUGGCUUCUCACUCCUCCUGAAACCCCACUUUUUCCUUCAUCGGAUGGAAAUGAGUCUAAACCAGCCCCAGAAGGUCCAAGAAGGUCUUCCACGGUUAGAGCAGACUCUACAGCUAAGACUUCAAGGCUUUCAGUAUCACAACUGGAGAGCAACCAUCAGUCAAGACCAACUAGAAGCAGUUCAGUUACUCGCUCUUCCAUCACUAGUUCACAGUACAGUACCUACUCGAACAAAUCUACCUCAAUACUCAACACAAGCUCAGCUUCAGUUUCAUCUUACAUUAGACCAUCAACUCCUAUUAACCGUUCUUCAUCCGCAUCAAGACCUUCUACUCCUACCUGUUCCACACCUUCGCGAUCCUCAACUCCUUCUAGAGCUCGUCGAGCCCCUGCCAGCUCUUCCAUCGGUGAAACAAGACCGUCCCAUAACUCAAGACCUUCAACUCCAACUUCCAGGCCACAGAUUCCUGCAAACUUGAAUUCUCCAGCUGCUCGGUCUGCUUCUCGACCAUCGACACCUACUCGUCGCAGUCCAGCACCUUCUCUGUCUGUGGCGACAGGACCUUCAACAUCAGUUACACGUGUUUUAUCAAAUGGUCGCAAUGCAGCUCCAGUGUCCAGACCAAGCUCCCCGGGUUCGCGAGUUCGGCCUCCACCACAGCCAAUGGUUCUCCCUGAUUUCCCACUUGAAACACCACCAAACCUGCGGACAACUUUGCCAGACAGGCCUGUUUCUGCUGGUAGGGCCAGGCCAGGUUCGACUGUUACAGGGAAGAGGAACAUAGAGACCCCAACCCCUGCAAGUUUGCCAAGAAGACAGUCAUCACCCAUUGUCACCAGGGGAAGACUACCAGAACCCACUGGAAGAGGUCGUGCGCAUGCUAAUGGUCAGGCUGCAUUGGAGUCUCGAAGGCCUGCACACGUCUCAGAGUUAUCAAUGCGGAAAUCUGUGAAGACUUCAACCACCGCCACAGAAAGCCCAGGAUUGGGGAGGACAAUCUCAAAGAAAUCACUGGAUAUGGCUAUUAGACAUAUGGACAUAAGAAAUGGUACUAGUAGAAUUCGUCCAGUAUCAGGCACAACCCUCUUCCCUCAGAGCAUUCGAUCGGGCAAUCCUAAAUGCCAAAAGCAAACUGGUCAUGCUUUGAGUGCUCCAGCAUUUGUAAAUGGGAAUAUCCCUGUCAGCAAUAAUAAUGGUUUCAUUUCAGAAAAUGGAAACUAUAUUAGCAGGUCUCCUGAAAAUGGAACUGAAGAAUACAAUCAUCGAUUUUCAACCAAAGUGAGUGAAUUAGACGUAUAUGAGAGCUCCCGAUAUGAUGCGAUUCUGCUCAAAGAGGACUUGAAGGACAUGAACUGGCUACAUAGUGUUGACGAUAAGUCUGAUCAAGGACCCAUAUUUGAUAACGGAUUUGAGCCUCUGCCUGAGCCUUUUGGCCCCUUGUAAUCUCUCCGAAGUGGUUUUGUUCAUUUUAUAUAUAAUAUUUUUAAAUUGUCUCUUUUAAAAAAUGACUUUGGUUGAUUUUAGAAGAUGCAAUCACUCAAUUUUUUAUGCAUUUAAAUUAUAAUAGGGUAUACCCUUCAGCUAUGCUUGGUUGAACAA